UAAACGGUGGUUUCCGAUAAGACAAUUCAUUGUGAGGAGAUAGUUUGUCUGGCAUCGAUAGCAGUGUUAUUUGGUCGCUCGAAUGUAAUUGAGUUCUGAUUCGUAGAAAACAGAGGGAAGAAAGUUGCAUUAUUCAUUAUUGGGGUUCUGGUGAUUGUGGAUUUGGUUCUAACAAAAAAGCUAUCGCUUUAAGCUUGGUAGAUACUCAAUGUAAUCUCUGCAAACUGGUAGCUUCCUUGCGGACGUUCUUUGUUGGCCAUUCAGCGGCUGGAGGUCAAGUUCUAAGGUCGCGUUGAAGCCAAAAGUGUAGUGGUGGUCCGAGAGCCAUGCUGUUGAAGGACUGUUUUCGCCGUCCUUCGGAGGAAAUAGCGCGAAGAAAACAUCUCGAAAAAAGACUAACGCAGAUCAAUCAGAAGUUUGCGAACUCGGUGAAAAUUUUGCUCCUAGGCGCUGGCGAAUCCGGGAAGACAACCAUCAUCAAGCAGAUGAAAAUCCUGCACGUUCAGAAUGGAUUCAGUUUCGACGAACGUUUGGAUAGGCUGCAUGAUAUAAUCGAAAAUAUUCACGAAUCGAUCUACGAAUUGAUUCAACAAGUAGUUUUAAUGAACCUGCAGUUUGACUCGAAAGAAAACUGUCGAUGCGCGAAGGAGCUUUUAAAAAUGGGUAAGAACGCACCGUGGUUCUUGAGUAUGGAAUACGUUCAACGAGUCCGAACGGUGUGGGCCGAUAGCGCAGUAAAGAUGUGUUUCAAGCGUUCGAACGAGUUUCAGCUGAUUGAUAGUGCAAAAUACUUUUUAGACAGAAUCGAGAAAAUCUCAAUGCCAGGUUACAUACCUUCAAACUCGGAUAUUCUCAACUGCCGCAAAAGAACGACCGGAAUACAGGAAGUAAGCUUUCAUAUCAAACUGCCCAAAUCACUUGGAGGUGGUUCUCAGGAGUUUCGGAUGUUCGACGUAGGUGGUCAGCGUAGUCAUCGCACCAAAUGGAUGCAAGUGUUCGAAGGUAUCGAAGCAGUUCUGUUCAUGAUCGCGUGUGGUAGUUUCGAUCAAACGUUACGUGAAGAUCCCAAGCAGAAUCGAUUGGUGGAGGCAUUCGAGCUGUUCAGAGGCGUGUGGCAUAAUCGAUUUCUUGCGGAAACGGGCUUGAUUGUGUUUCUCAACAAGCAGGAUAUUUUGGAGCAGAAAAUUCUUUCGGGAAAAUCGAUAAAAGAUUACUUUCCUGAAUAUGAGGAGUACGUAAAAGCGACAGACAGUGAUAACUUGUGCGACGAGUUAACACGUACCAGGUGUUUUAUCAAGUCAAAAUUGAUUGACAUUACAAACGAAACCCCUCGAAGGACAUCGCUUUUGGUGCAAAGGAAACGAACCUGCUAUUACCACUUCACAGUGGCCACGGACACCAACAAUGUGCGUAUGGUUUUCAAUGACGUACAUAACAUAAUUCUAGCACGCAACCUCCACAAUGUAGGAAUUUUGUGAUAAUAUUUAUUAAUUAAAGUUACAAAUUUAUUUAAAAAUAAUCUGAAUUAUUAAUAAAUUUCCGUUUGAUAGAGCAUCAUUCAAA